GGCCCUUGACCUGCCCCAGCCAGCUCCUACGUCCGGCCGCCCCCCCCCACCCCCCGCCUCCUGCGGCCCCCUGCCCCGCGACCCCCGCCGGGUGUGCCUCCCGGGCCCCACUCGCCGCCCCGAGCGCCUCGCUCAAGUCCCCGCACCCAGCCCGCCGCCUCCUCCCGGACCGCGCGCCCCGCAGCCCUAUGAGGAUCCCGGGCCGAGACCGCCGUUCCGGAUCGCGGCCGCAUCUGGGUCCGGUUCCGGGGCAGCGGCUGCCGGCGGCGGCGUUGCCCUUUGCAGCGUGCGGUGGGCAUAGGCCGGCGGCGGGGAUCGAGCGCCCCCUGGAGGCCGCCGCCGGCCCCGCCCCCGCGCAGGCCCCGCCCCGGCCCGGCCCCCAGGGCGGCGCAUGCGCGCGGCGCUCCGCGGGCGGCGAGAGCGAGGCCGGUCCGCAUCCGCGCGCCUGGCGCCCCAUUCAUGCUGGGCAGCGGCGGCGGCCACGCAGCGGAGCCCGGGCGCGGCGGCCUCGGCCUGGGCGGCCUGCGCGGCUUCAGCGGCCCCGCGGCGGGGCAGGGGCGGGCGGCGGCGCGGGCGGCGAGCUGCGAUGGCCGGCGGCGGGCGCGCCCCGGGGCAGCCUGGCUGAGGCUCCUAUGAUGCGUGGCCCCGCAGGACCUGAGCGCCUUGGCCCAAGGCCCCGGCCCGUCAUGCUGCUGCCACGUCUGAGCCCACGGGCUCCGCUGCUGCUGCUGCUGAUCCUGCUGCUGCUCCUGCUGGGGGGCGCGCCCCAGGCGGGCGGGGGUCUGCAGCCCCCUUUCCGCACCUUCACUGCCAGCGACUGGGCGCUGACCCACCUGGUGGUCCACGAGCAGACAGGCGAGGUGUACGUGGGCGCUGUGAACCGCAUCUACAAGCUGUCGGGGAACCUGACGCUGCUGCGGGCGCACGUGACGGGCCCGGUGGAGGACAAUGAGAAGUGCUACCCGCCGCCCAGCGUGCAGUCCUGCCCGCACGGCCUGGGCAGCACCGACAACGUCAACAAGCUGCUGCUGCUGGACCAGCCCGCCAACCGCCUGCUGGCCUGCGGCAGCGCCUCACAAGGCAUCUGCCAGUUCCUGCGCCUGGACGACCUCUUCAAGCUGGGCGAGCCGCACCACCGCAAGGAGCACUACCUGUCGGGCGUGCGCGAGGCGGGCAGCAUGGCCGGCGUGCUGAUCGCUGGGCCGCCUGGCCAGGCGCAGGCCAAGCUCUUUGUGGGCACGCCCAUCGACGGCAAGUCCGAGUACUUCCCCACGCUGUCCAGCCGCCGGCUCAUGGCCAACGAGGAGGACGCAGAGAUGUUUGGCUUCGUGUACCAGGACGAGUUUGUGUCCUCGCAGCUCAAGAUCCCCUCAGACACGCUGUCCAAGUUCCCGGCCUUCGACAUCUACUACGUGUACAGCUUCCGCAGCGAGCACUUCGUGUACUACCUCACUCUGCAGCUGGACACGCAGCUGACCUCGCCCGACGCUGCUGGUGAGCACUUCUUCACGUCCAAGAUCGUGCGGCUGUGCGUGGACGACCCCAAGUUCUACUCGUACGUUGAGUUCCCCAUUGGCUGCGAGCAGGCGGGCGUGGAGUACCGCCUGGUGCAGGACGCCUACCUGAGCCGGCCGGGCCGGGCCCUGGCCCGCCAGCUGGGCCUGGCCGAGGACGAGGACGUGCUGUUCACCGUGUUCGCCCAGGGCCAGAAGAACCGCGUGAAGCCGCCGCGGGAGUCGGUGCUCUGCCUCUUCACGCUCAGGGCCAUCAAGGAGAAGAUCAAGGCGCGCAUCCAGUCCUGCUAUCGUGGUGAGGGCAAGCUCUCGUUGCCCUGGCUGCUCAACAAGGAGCUGGGCUGCAUCAACUCGCCCCUGCAGAUUGACGACGACUUCUGCGGGCAGGACUUCAACCAGCCCCUGGGCGGCACGGUCACCAUCGAGGGGACGCCCCUAUUCGUGGACAAAGACGAUGGCCUGACCGCCGUGGCCGCCUAUGACUACCGGGGCCGCACGGUGGUGUUCGUGGGCACACGCAGCGGCCGCAUCCGCAAGAUCCUGGUGGACCUCUCGAACCCCGGCGGCCGCCCGGCGCUGGCUUACGAGAGUGUGGUGGCCCAGGAGGGCAGCCCCAUUCUGCGUGACCUGGUGCUCAGCCCUGACCGCCGGUACCUGUAUGCCAUGACAGAGAAGCAGGUGACACGGGUGCCCGUGGAGAGCUGUGUGCAGUACACGUCAUGUGAGCUGUGCCUGGGGUCCCGGGACCCCCACUGCGGCUGGUGUGUCCUGCACAGCAUCUGCUCCCGCCAGGACGCCUGUGAGCGGGCCACGGAGCCCCAGCGCUUCGCCGCUGACCUGCUGCAGUGUGUGCAGCUAAGCGUGCAGCCUCGCAACGUGUCCGUGACUACAUCUCAGGUUCCGCUCGUGCUGCAGGCCUGGAACGUGCCCGACCUCUCGGCCGGCAUCAACUGCUCCUUCGAGGAUUUCACUGAGUCUGAGGGCGUUCUGGAGGACGGCCGGAUCCACUGCCGCACCCCCUCGGCCCGGGAGGUGGCGCCCAUCACGAGGGGCCAGGGAGACCAGCGGGUGGUCAAGCUGUACUUGAAGUCCAAGGAGACGGGCAAGAAAUUCGCGUCCGUGGACUUCGUCUUCUACAACUGCAGCGUCCACCAGUCCUGCCUGUCCUGCGUCAGCGGCUCCUUCCCCUGCCACUGGUGCAAGUACCGCCACGUGUGCACGCACAGCGCUGCCGACUGCUCCUUCCUGGAGGGCCGCGUCAACGUGUCCGAGGACUGCCCACAGAUCCUGCCCUCCACCCAGAUCUACGUGCCGGUGGGCGUGGUGAAGCCCAUCACCCUGACCGCCCGGAACCUGCCGCAGCCGCAGUCGGGCCAGCGGGGGUACGAGUGCCUGUUCCACCUCCCGGGGGGCCCGGCCCGCGUCGGCGCCGUGCGCUUCAACAGCUCCAGCCUGCAGUGCCAGAAUUCCUCAUACUCCUACGAGGGCAACGACGUCAGCGACCUGCCUGUGAACCUGUCCGUGGUGUGGAAUGGCCACUUCGUCAUCGACAACCCGCAGAAUAUCCAGGCCCACCUGUACAAGUGUCCCGCCCUGCGGGAGAGCUGCGGCCUCUGCCUCAAGGCUGACCCUCGCUUCGAGUGCGGCUGGUGCGUGGCCGAGCGCCGCUGCUCCCUGCGUCCUCACUGCCCUGCAGACUCGCCUGCCGAAUGGAUGCACGCUCGCCACGGCAGCAGCCGCUGCGCGGACCCCAAGAUCCUCAAGCUGUCCCCUGAGACGGGCCCGCGGCAGGGCGGCACGCGGCUCACCAUCACGGGCGAGAACCUGGGGCUGCGCUUCGAGGACGUGCGGCUGGGCGUGCGCGUGGGCAAGGUGCUAUGCAGCCCGGUGGAGAACGAGUACAUCAGCGCAGAGCAGAUCGUCUGUGAGAUCGGGGACGCCAGCACCGUGCGGGCCCACGACGCCCUGGUGGAAGUGUGCGUGCGGGACUGCUCCCCUCGCUACCGCGCCCUGUCGCCCAAGCGCUUCACCUUUGUGACGCCGACCUUCUACCGCGUGAGCCCUGCCCGCGGGCCCCUUUCCGGGGGCACCUGGAUUGGCAUCGAGGGCAGUCACCUGAACGCGGGCAGCGAUGUGGCGGUGUCGGUCGGCGGCCGGCCCUGCUCCUUCUCCUGGAGGAAUUCCCGGGAGAUCCGGUGUCUGACGCCUCCGGGGCAGAGCCCGGGCAGCGUCCCCAUAGUUGUCAACAUCAACCGCGCUCAGCUCACCAACCCCGAGGUCAAGUACAACUACACCGAGGACCCCACCAUCCUGAGGAUCGACCCUGAGUGGAGCAUCAACAGUGGAGGGACCCUCCUAACAGUCACGGGCACCAACCUGGCCACUGUCCGCGAACCGCGCAUCCGAGCCAAGUACGGCGGCGUUGAGAGGGAAAAUAGCUGCCUUGUAUACAACGACACCACCAUGGUGUGCCGGGCCCCAUCGGUGGACAACGGCGUGCGCAGCCCACCCGAGCUCGGGGAGCGGCCGGACGAGCUGGGCUUCAUCAUGGACGAUGUGCGCGCUCUGCUGGUGCUCAACACCUCGUCUUUCCUCUACUACCCGGACCCCGUGCUGGAGCCGCUCAGCCCCACCGGCCUGCUGGAGCUGAAGCCCAGCUCGCCGCUCAUCCUCAAGGGCCGCAACCUGCUGCCGCCGGCGCCUGGCAACUCUCGCCUCAACUACACGGUGCUCAUCGGCUCGACGCCGUGCGCCCUCACAGUGUCCGAGACGCAGCUGCUCUGCGAGUCGCCCAACCUCACCGGACAGCACAAGGUCACGGUCCGGGCCGGCGGCUUCGAAUUCUCGCCAGGGGUGCUGCAGAUGUACUCGGACAGCCUGCUGACGCUGCCCGCCAUCGUGGGCAUCGGCGGGGGCGGGGGCCUCCUGCUGCUGGUCAUCGUGGCCGUGCUCAUCGCCUACAAGCGCAAGUCACGGGACGCCGACCGCACCCUGAAGCGCCUGCAGCUGCAGAUGGACAACCUGGAGUCUCGUGUGGCCCUGGAGUGCAAGGAAGCCUUUGCAGAGCUGCAGACGGACAUCCACGAGCUGACCAACGACCUGGACGGCGCCGGCAUCCCCUUCCUGGACUACCGCACCUACGCCAUGCGCGUACUCUUCCCGGGGAUCGAGGACCACCCAGUGCUCAAGGAGAUGGAGGUGCAGGCCAAUGUGGAGAAGUCACUGACGCUGUUCGGCCAGCUGCUGACCAAGAAGCACUUCCUGCUGACCUUCAUCCGCACGCUGGAGGCCCAGCGCAGCUUCUCCAUGCGGGACCGCGGCAACGUGGCCUCACUCAUCAUGACGGCCCUGCAGGGCGAGAUGGAGUACGCCACGGGCGUGCUCAAGCAGCUGCUGUCCGACCUCAUCGAGAAGAACCUGGAGAGCAAGAACCACCCCAAGCUGCUGCUGCGCCGGACUGAGUCAGUGGCCGAGAAGAUGCUAACCAACUGGUUCACUUUCCUUCUGUACAAGUUCCUCAAGGAGUGCGCAGGGGAGCCGCUCUUCAUGCUCUACUGCGCCAUCAAGCAGCAGAUGGAGAAGGGCCCCAUCGACGCCAUCACGGGCGAGGCGCGCUACUCGCUGAGCGAGGACAAGCUCAUCCGGCAGCAGAUUGACUACAAGACACUGACCCUGAACUGCGUAAACCCCGAGAAUGAGAACGCGCCCGAGGUGCCGGUAAAGGGGCUGAACUGUGACACGGUGACGCAGGUCAAGGAGAAGUUGCUGGACGCCGUGUACAAGGGCGUCCCCUACUCCCAACGGCCCAAGGCUGGGGACAUGGACCUGGCGUCCACUCAGGGCGCCGGGACCCUCCCCUCCCCCGCAGAGUGGCGGCAGGGCCGCAUGGCCCGUAUCAUCCUGCAGGACGAAGACGUUACCACCAAGAUCGACAAUGACUGGAAGAGGCUCAACACGCUGGCGCACUACCAGGUGACAGAUGGGUCCUCAGUGGCCCUGGUGCCCAAGCAGACGUCCGCCUACAACAUCUCCAACUCGUCCACCUUCACCAAGUCCCUCAGCAGAUACGAGAGCAUGCUGCGCACGGCCAGCAGCCCCGACAGCCUGCGCUCGCGCACGCCCAUGAUCACGCCCGACCUGGAGAGCGGCACCAAGCUGUGGCAUCUGGUCAAGAACCACGACCACCUGGACCAGCGCGAGGGCGACCGCGGCAGCAAGAUGGUCUCAGAGAUCUACCUGACGCGGCUGCUGGCCACUAAGGGCACGCUGCAGAAGUUCGUGGACGACCUGUUCGAGACCAUCUUCAGCACGGCACACCGCGGCUCGGCCCUGCCGCUGGCCAUCAAGUACAUGUUCGACUUCCUGGACGAGCAGGCCGACCAGCACCAGAUCCAUGAUGCGGACGUGCGCCACACCUGGAAGAGCAACUGCCUGCCCCUGCGCUUCUGGGUGAACGUGAUCAAGAACCCUCAGUUCGUGUUCGACAUCCACAAGAGCAGCAUCACGGACGCCUGCCUGUCGGUGGUAGCCCAGACCUUCAUGGACUCCUGCUCCACGUCGGAGCACAAGCUGGGCAAGGACUCGCCCUCCAACAAGCUGCUCUACGCCAAGGACAUCCCCAACUACAAGAGCUGGGUGGAGAGGUACUACGCAGACAUUGCUAAGAUGCCCGCCAUCAGCGACCAGGAUAUGAGCGCCUACCUGGCCGAGCAGUCGCGGCUGCACCUGAGCCAGUUCAACAGCAUGAGCGCCUUGCAUGAGAUCUACUCCUACAUCACCAAGUACAAGGACGAGAUCCUGACGGCCCUGGAGAAGGAUGAGCAGGCGCGGCGGCAGCGGCUCCGUGGCAGGCUGGAGCAGGUGGUAGACACCAUGGCCCUGAGCAGCUGAGCCACCGGCCCAACCGUCCGGCCAGCGGCAGAGAGUUAGAGGGCCCUGGCGGCGGCCUCCGCCUGGCGGCCAGAGCUGGGAGGUCCACGGAGGCAGCCUCGCCCGCCAUGCCAGGGUCCUGUGCUGGGGCCAGGUGUGCGGCCCUGGACCCCGGCCCCUGUGUCCCCUUCCUGCCUGUGGGGUCCCGGCUCUUCCUUGGUGUGGGUGAGGCGGUGACUGCAGCCCUCCCCACACCCAGAGCUGUUUGCAAGGGGCUGGGGAGCCCAGGUGUGACCCGGCCCCCUCAGGACAGCAGGGGGACUGCCAGAGCCUUCCAGGAAGGAGAGGCGAGGCUGCGGAGGCCAGCGGGCCAGGCCCAGGGCUAGGCGGGCCGGUGUGCCCGCCUCCUGGGCAGAAUCUGAAGGCUGGGCCUGGCUGGCAGCCUGGGCGGGGAGGCGGCACGCCCAGGGCCCUGCCGCAGGGAGCUGAAGUCGGCCUGGGCCAGCCCCACCCACCUGCCACGUCUCAGCAUCCCCACGCCCGCCACCGCUGCCAUCCUCCGAUUCACCGCGUGCUCUCCGCGGUCGAGGCCAGAGCGCCGCGUCGACCUCGCCCAGAGAGAGGCCCCUGGCUCCCUCCUAUGGAGGGGCUGCAGGACGGCUCCACGCGGGGCCCAGGUGACUUCCGGAAGGACUCGGGUCCCCUUUUGUCCUCAGGGCUGUGCCUCUGGGAGCCACUGGGGCCUGGGGCUCUGGGCUGUGAGUGCACGUUCCCCUUAUUUAUUCCCCCCUUACCCCUGCCUCCCCGGAACCCACCCUGCCCCAGGCUGAGCUCUCUGCUGUGGAAGGCCCCGGAGCCUAGCUGAUCAGCCUCCUGUCCACUCCCCAACCUCCCGCCCACCCCCCAGCCUCCCACCCACCUUCCUGCGGCUUUCGUCUGGCCCCUCAGCAGCGUGCUGGCCCCUUGGAGGGUGGGACGCUUGGGGGACGUUGCUUGUUUUUUAGGGGAACAAGGGAGUCCUUCUGUGCUUGGACAGCUGGAGCUGUGGGGGCCUCAGACCCUACACAGUGGCCUGGCCGGGAGCAGGACGCAGUGACCAGAGGGCUUGGAGGUCGGGGCCGCCCACCCUGCCCUCAGCUAGCAAGAGUACACAUUUUUAAUUAAAAAAACCUGUACAUAUAUAUACAUAUAUAUAUAUAUAUAUAUGUGGCUCUGCCUGUCUCCAGCCCCAGUGGGGUCCUGUACAGUUAACUGGAGGAGGAGGAAUUUUACAGUUCAGAGUAAGAGCCGAGGCACCAGGACAGCCAAACCAAAUGGGCGUGGCCGGCGUGGCCAACGUCUCCCGCUGGAGCGCCCCGGCCUCCGCGUCCAGCUGCGGGGCAGCCUGUCUCCGUGUUGGUGUGAGGAGACUGCUCGGCCGAGAGCUUCCCGGAGGCAGGCCGUGGAUUCCUGCAUGACUGUGCUAGCGUUUAGUAUGACUUGAUCUUUUUAAAACUGCAAGUGUUGAAUACUAGAGGUUGUUAGGCCCCUUUUUUUCAUGUUUUUUAAUUAAUCAGUCACUUGUGAAGGCAGUGGCCCGUCCCCUUUUCAAUUCACUUUUUCGACGGUACUACAGAUCCCGCGGACUUCUAAGGGACAGCUAACUGUGGCCGGCGCCGCGCCUUCCCCGACGCGGCGUGAGCCCGCCUGAGAGCCUCCAUCAGCUGAGCAGCUGCUCCCCCGCGGGAGGAGGGGUGAAGUCCACCACCUCCUGACUCAGGAAGCUCCUGGAACUGGGGGUCAGAGGCCCCCAGGCCCCACGGGCGCUGAGUAGGGCUCGGGCCCCCACACGGUGGGUGUCCAGCAGGAGUUCAGGCCAGGCAGGCGCCAGGUUCCUGUGUGUGGCCCUUUCCCCCCGAGUCUUCCCUGAAGCUGCUUCUGAUCGAAGCCCCCGUUCUUCCAGCCCCACUCCGGCCAGAGGGCUCCUUGGCCCCCGGCACCGCCCUCUCCAGAAUUCAGUCCCCACCCCUUUCCUGGGCCUCCCUGGUCCUUGCGCCCGUCCUGUGGUCGGGUCGGCAGGUUGGGCAAUGGGGACGCAGAAGCGCGGAGCCGCUGGCCCUGCCCAGCGCGUGGCCUCCCAGAGCACAGAGGCGGUUGGGGCGAGCACUUUAGCGCUGCUUGUUUACACACGAGCCAAUCACGGACCUGAGCCUGCCGUCCACCCGGCAGCACGGCCACACCUCCUUCCCGGGGCAGGAGUCAGGCCGAAUCCUCGUCACCCAGCCCCCGGCCUGUCUCGCCCUUCGCACCUCCGUAUCCUCCUGCCUGGCACUGACCCAGAGCCCAGCUCUGGCCUGAGGGCGGCCGGAGCACGGAGUGGAGCCCUGCUCUGCAGUCCUGGGGCCGGGAGGCUGGGCCAGACUGCCCACCUGUCCGGACUCUGCUGCUACUGCCUGCUGCCCCGGGCUGCCUCCCUUGCUCUCGCCCGCACGCCUCUCAGGAGCGCCAGGGAUGGCUCGGCCACGGUCGGGAGCCUGGCCUCUCCAUAUACCUCGAGCUUGCCCAGACUCCUCGACCCGGGCCCGGCCCCGUCCCACAGGAGAGGUCCCCUCACCCCUGCUUUGCCCUUGCCGAGCGAGCCCUACCUGGCUCUCCCCCAGUGCUGGAGCUGAGGGCUCACGCCGUUGGUGCUACACAAGCUAGAGUAGAUAUAUUUAGAGAGAGAGAUAUUUUUAAGACGAAGCCCACAGUUAGCUGUCCUUUAACGCCGCAGAGCCCCCACCCAAAAGAAGAGCGAUGGCUCGGCGGCCUGAGCGGCCUCUCGGCCGCCGCCUCUCCCAGGGGCGGCGUGGCUGAGGCGCUCGGCUUGCAGGUUGUGUAAAUACACGGCUAUUUCCUAUUUUACUGUCUCAGAUUUAGUACUUGUAAAUACACACACAUUAAGGAGAGUAAACAUUUUUGCUAAAA